CUUCAUGCGACAAGUGAGUAUAAAAGCCACAACAGUCUGGGCAAACAGCAUUAGAAACAGCGAGACAAUUGAAGUAGCAGUAGCAGUACUGAAGAGUGAUUAAUUAAACAAAAGAAAACGAACACAAACAAUAUGAAAGCCAUCCUUGCUCUCACUUUGCUCGCCGUCAGCUACUUUGCCACCAGCAGCGCAGGUCUAAUUGGACAUGGUGUUCCGAUCCCCAUCGAAUUGGAGGAGCAUACCCCACCGCAGUAUGAGUUCCACUAUUCCGUGCAUGACACGCACACCGGCGAUGUGAAGGAUCAGUUCGAGCAUCGUCACGGCGAUUAUGUAACAGGGCGUUACUCGCUGAUUGAACCCGAUGGUCAGCGUCGUGUUGUGGAAUACAAUGCCGAUCCAUUGUUGGGCUUCACCGCUCAAGUACAUCGGGAAGUGCCAGUAAUCCGUCAGUUGCCGUUACAUCACUAAAAGUUGACUGCUGUUGGGCAGGAGUAGUGACACGCAUUAAUACAUAUAUAUUCUCGCAUCCGCAUACAUUUUAUUUAUAUAAACAAUUCUGUAAAGCAUCUGCAUUUACAUUCCACAACACAUACACACACACGCGCAUGUACAUACAUAUUGAACCAUAUAGCAGAAUUAUACACACAGACUCUUACAAUAAAAUACAUACUUACAUACUCGAUAUAAUGGCUCUGAGCCUCACUUUGAUAUUCAUUGCUACACAUACCAAUUCAAAAACAUUGAAAAAUAAAUGAAAUUAUUUAUGCAAA